AUGGGCACCAACAUUAAUAUCACGGACAUACCGAUAGUCUUCCUACCCGCGAUCACGACGAAUACCGCUGUUAUUGUCGUCGCAGCGCUGAUUGCGACUCUGUUCAUCAGCAGCCAACUAUUGCAGUCUAACUCAACGUCAGGAGACUCAUUAGAGAUCACACAGCUGUACUGUUACCCCGUCAAAGGUCUCCGAGGAUGCGCUUUGCAACAAGCUCACCUAGGAAAAUACGGGUUUAUAGGGGACCGAACAUUUUCUCUGCAGAGAGUCCGUCGUGAUGGCGAUAACAACGAGGGCAAGAGAUACGAGACAAUGUUAGCCGGGUAUUACCUGCAACUUGCACUAUUCCAAGCGACAGUAGAAUUUGACGGAAGAAGCGAAAAUUCAAGCAGAGGCGAAGUUGUAGUAAGGUGGUAUGGCGGCAACACCGACUUUGGUGCAGCUACAAGAGAGGCCGGGGUCAACACCAAGGACGAGAUCCGAUUUCCUCUUACACCCUCCACCCAAGGCUGCGAUGAGUACAGCAUCAGCUUGCAUGCCAGCGACGCGAAAGCAUACGAUAUGGGCGAUGAGUUGUCAUCCUGGUUUUCGGAACGGCUGGGGUUUGAAACCAGAUUGGCUUAUAUUGGCAACGGAUCACGACCAGUCCUCGGCUCAAUGGCGCCUCACAGCAAAGGUGGGCUCAAAAGGGCUCGGCUCCUGCAACGUAUCCAGUCACUUGUACCAUUCUUUUCCCUCCCGGAAGAGCGACUGGUCUUCAAUGAUCUGGCUCAUUAUCUUGUGGUCACCGAAGAGUCCAACGACCAGGUUACAUCUCGAUUAGACGGGGACUAUCGAAUGGACAUCACCAAGUUUCGUCCAAACAUCGUCGUGAAAGAUGCAUCAGGCCCUUUUGUGGAAGACUUCUGGGGAGAGUUGACGUUCGGUGGAGGGGUUCAAAUGCCGCUAACAGCCAACUGCUACCGGUGUCAGAGUAUCACUGUAGACUUUGCUACUGGGAAGACGGCAACCGAUGAUCGUGGUAUGGCUUGGAAGAAGUUGAACAAGGACCGUCGAGUUGAUAAGGGCGCCAAGUACAGUCCGGUUUUUGGAAGAUAUGGGUAUUGUUUCGGUUCUUCAGUCGGCAAGAGUAUGAAAGUCGGCGAAAGUGCCAAGGUUACUCAUGUCAACGCGGCGAGAACCACAUUUGACUGGCCGCAUCUAACUACCUUCGGUCUCAACCAAACAAAGAGGUAG